AUGGGAAGCCGAGGCGUCAUGACCUGGCUCGACAAGCUGGAAGAGCAGCUCAACGUCGACGUCGACUGGAUGGACCCCGAGUACAUCAAGAGCAUGCCCAUCGUCCCCCACGACCAGACGAGCAACCAGCUCUGGGUCGAUAUCCAGCUCGGCCACCCGUCCAACAGGGACCUCUUGUUGGAGACGGCCAAGGAGUUGAAGGACGAGGGAUGGCUGGCCAUCUACACCCGAAUGGCCGUCCUCAUGUGCAAGAAGAACAUCGACUCCAUCCGGGGCCGGGUCCUGCUGCAGACGCUCCCGUCCAACGCGUACAAGACGCAGGAGACGCUCGACCACGCGCGGCUGUACGACCGCGAGUUCGCCCGCGCCGGCGUCGGGCGCGACAGGUACUGCAUCAAGAUCCCCUCGACGGGGGCGGCCCUGAACGCCGCCAAGGUGCUCUCGUCCGAGGGCAUCCCGACGCUCGGGACGGCGCUGUUCGGGCUCCCGCAGGCCAUCGCGUGCAGCCAGGCGGGGAUGCUAUACAUCAGCCCGUAUUACAACGGGGAGGGGAGAAAAGAGGUGCGAGCCCACGACGAGCCGGAGGCGCUGUGGCCCGACGUCAAGGACCCGGCGACGCAGCAUCCCAUGUCGGCGCGGAUCGUCCAGAUCAUCGAGACGUACAAGCGGCUGUACAAGCAGACGGGGAGAGAGCAGCCUUUCGUGAAGAACGCCAGGUAA